CUGGGUGCGGGGGCCGAAACUGGCCUUCUCUGGGGUGCCUCGGGGGGAGGGUUAGAGGGGCUGUGAGGUGGGACCAGCUCCCCCCUUCCCUCUAGGGGAUGCCAUGGCCUUAAGGCCAAUUUGAGCUUUGCUAAAGACCCAACCACCCCCCGGAACUGCCGUUAUCACGGUGGGGUGGGCUGGGGGCCAUAUCCUGUCCCUGACACCCCUCAAGAUGGCGAGGACCCCGUCGCCUUCUUCUCUGGCCAUCCCGGAGAUCGUAAGUGGGGAGAGCGAAGAGGAAAGUAAUGGCGUCAACUUGAUGGAGUUCUCAGAUGAGAUCCUUUUGCACAUCCUCAGCUACGUCCCUUGCACAGACCUUGUCCUGAACGUCAGGAGAACCUGCAGGAAACUCGCAACGCUUUGCCUUGACAAGAGCCUAACACAUACAGUUUUACUUCAGAAAGACUAUAAGGUAAACAAAGACAAAGUGAAGCAACUGAUGAGGGAUAUCGGAAAAGAGAUUUACCAGCUGAACAUGGCUGGGUGCUAUUGGCUGCCCAGCUCCACUAUCGAUCAUGUAACACGAUGCAAGAACCUGGUAAAACUGAACUUGUCUGGGUGCCACGUCACCUCUCUCCGUCUCUCAAAGAUGCUGUCCACGCUCCAGCACCUGCGCUCCCUGGCGAUAGAUGUAAAUCCGGGUUUCGAUGCCAGUCAGCUAAGCAGUGAGUGUAAAGCCACUCUUAGCCGUGUCUCGGAAUUGAAGCAAACCCUUUACACACCGUCAUAUGGUGUCGUUCCGUGCUGCACUAGCCUUGAGAAACUGUUGCUUUAUUUUGAGAUCCUUGAUCGCUCGCGAGAAGGUUUUAUGCUCUCUGGGCAGCUAAUGGUAGGUGAGAGCAAUGUGCCCCAUUACCAGAACCUGCGCGUCUUCUAUGCCAGGCUGGCUCCUGGCUACGUUAAUCAGGAGGUGGUGAGGCUGUACUUGGCAGUGCUGAGUGAUCGGACACCUGAGAACCUUCACGCCUUCCUUAUUUCUGCCCCUGGUAGCUUUGCGGAGACGGGAGCCACUAAAAACCUCCUGGACUCUAUGGCUCGAAAUGUACGUCUGGAUGCUUUACAAUUGCCCAAAGCCUGGAUUAACGGCUCUGGGCUCCUGCAACACUUGAAGUUCAACAACCCUUUCUACUUCAGCUUUAGCCGAUGCACCUUAUCUGGUGGUCACCUGAUCCAGAGGGUUAUUAACGGUGGGAAAGAUCUUAAAAGCUUGACCAGUUUGAAUCUCAGUGGCUGCGUUCACUGUCUGGCUCCGGAGUCCUUGUUUCGAAAAGCGGAAGAUGACAUUGACAGUAGCAUUCUGGAAAGCCUGGUAGUGUCUUGCUGCAACCUGAGACACCUCAACCUCUCUGCAGCUCACCAUCACAGCUCAGAAAGCAUAGGGAAUCACUUGUGCCAGCUACUGUCCAGGCUAAAGCACCUGCUCUCGUUAGCGCUACCGGUUUGUUCCAUCACAGAUGUUGCUGCAAAUGUGGAAAAGCCUCCCACAGCGUCUAAUUUGGUGCCCCAAACAUUUGGAAGGAAAGUUCGGAUUGGGAUACAGACAUAUCCGAGGAACUUAGCGGACCAGGCAAAUCAGAAGAUAGAGUCUUCGGUAUUCUGGGCUCUGAUGGGAAGCCUCCGAUUUUUGGAAACCUUGGAAGUAAUUGGGUCCAGUUUUUCCUCUGCCAUGCCCCGCAAUGAGCCAGCAAUUCGGAACUCGUUGCCUCCUUGUGUCCGGGCGCAAAGUGUGGGGGAUUCCGAGGUGGCUGCCAUUAGCCAAUUGACUUACUUGCAGAGCCUCACCUUAGCACAACUGCCAAAUAUUCUUACUGGCUCUGGGCUUAUUAGCAUUGGAUUGCAGUGCCAGCAUUUGCGGACUCUUUCGUUGGCCAACCUGGGCAUGAUGGGGAAAGUGGUCUAUAUGUCUGCUCUCAUGGACAUGCUGAAACACUGCAAGUGUUUGAGAGAUCUCAGGCUGGAACAGCCGUACUUCUGUGCGGGCGCCCAGUUCUUCCAGGCACUGAGUCAUUGCUCCUCUCUCCAGCGGCUUUGCAUCGUCUCCCGGAGUGGGACUCUGCAGUCUGACGCAGUGAUGUCAUUCAUGGCCAACUGCCUUGAGGUCAUCAUGUGCCACAUGUUUAUGGGAGAAUCUCUUACCGUUUGCAAAAAUCUCCAGCAAUCUAUUGUCCGGAGUUUCCAGGCGGACCGCCCUGCAUUAAAUGUCGUCAUUUUCCCUCUGCUUCAUGAGGACUUGACAGAGGUCAUCAGAGAUGUCCCCAUGCGGCACUUGGAUGAAAUUACCUUGUUUAAAAGCAGAGUGGCCGAGGAACCUCCCAACUUGUGGUGGUGACUGCCACAGCCUGGAAAGGACCGUCAGCGUGAACACGUGAAAUGGCUUCUUGUUGGCCUGGAUUCCCCAUCUUCAGCUCCUGGCCACCUCACUGGAUGCUGUACAAUCACUUUAAAUAGGUUCAAUUGCAAAAUGAAAAAAGCUGGUUCUUUGCAGUGGGGAAACAUCUAUUGGAUAUUGCUUGCAUCUGAAAAGCCUGUCUCAAAGGCUUCUGGAAUCUGAUGAGUAUUUCCUUGCGGUUAAUAUGAAUUGUUUUGUUAUUUUACUGAAGUUAAAGGUAAGAGAAACUGACUUAACGAUGCUCUUUCCCCUGUGUCGCCUGGUGUAUUUCCUAAGGGCCCCUGUGUACUUUGGCAGUGUACUUUGUGAUAUUGGUGGAAAUCAUUCUUUGCUUUGGUCUAUUUUUGGCAAAGUAGAAAGCCUAAGCCAGCUAAGAGGCACAAAAAUGUGUUGCUCGGUUGAAGCGCAUCACAUCUUUUCUAUGUUACAAAUAUGCAUUUGUAGUCACAUACAUGCUAUCACAGAUAUUUGAAGGGUUUUUUUUUUGAUUGAGAAGUACUACAAGGACUCUUUUUUUAUUUUUGAAUAACAAAAUAAGGUCAUUGGCACCUUGACCAUGGUAUGUUCUUGCUGAUGCCCUUUCCAUCGCUCUGGUGGAAGAAGUUCUCAGCUCUUUUGGAAAUCCUUGUCCUAGGGUAGAUGGUGCCUCCGGUGAAUAAGUUGAGGCUCAGAUCUGAUUUAAAUGCAGUCUGUCUUGCAGUGUAGAUGGGAGUGUAGUGUUCCAGUUCUGUCCUUAGAUCCCAUGCCUUGAGCUCAUGCUAAUUUUAGAGAUGUUAUGAAGUAUUUUCACAGUGUGAUUUCAGUCAGCUUCUUUGCUCUACAGAACUUCCUCAGGCAUCAGUAGUGGUCUGGAUCACUUUCAUAUUGCCUUAUUUACUGAGCACUUUUGAAAGCAUCAGACAGCUGUACCAAAAGCUGAGUUAUGAAUACCUGGAGCUACGUUUCUGGGUGGCAGUUGGAUUUCCCUUCUGCUGGAGUAUUUUGUGGUUGCGCACUGGGUCUGUCUUCUGCAAAACAGCAAUCAAACAGAGCUGUCUAACUUUUCCACCUAAUCACUCCCUAACGUGUUGAGCAGUGCUUUUCUGGGGAGGCCCAGUGUCAUCCAAAGAUGAUGUCCCCAUCUCCUUUUUGACAUUUCUACACAAGAUGCCAUCUCCCAAAUGGUGUUCUGCCACCAAUUGUUCAUAGGAAGCCUGGUCUGGUGGGAUAGAUUUGAAAGCAAAAUGCAUCUCACAGCUUUGGAGGACUUUCCCUCCUUACUUCCCUGUCAGUCAGUUGUGGACUUGCCUGGAAAUCUGUCUUGCUGGUGUGAAUCUUGAGCCAGACUGCGGUAACCCUUAUGCUCAGAUAGGUUACGGUGUUAACGAGCAGGUUAACGUUAGAAUUCUACUAGCACAAGUCUGUGCAUUGCUAAAACUAACCCCUACAUGCGUUUGCUGUCUGCCCUGAGUUUCUCUCCCUUCCCCACAAUGGUCUCUGGGUUCAACUGGUAACAAGGUGGUGAGGCUGGCUCGUGCUUCUCCAGGAACGGCUGCAGCUGAGCCACGAUCGCUCCUGAAGUAUUCGAGACUCUGCCUCAGGUUAGACACCAUGCGGGUGACAGUGAGGAGCUGGUGCCCUGUUCUUGGCAUCCUGCCACUGUUUUCUCUCCUGCUCUCCCGGCGAGGUCAUUCUUUCUACCUCUUGUCAUAUUACUCGCCUGUUUGAAUCCCUUUCUCCCUCUGCAACAUCUUUCUUCUCUCCUCCUCCCUCGCUUCAGCAAAUCAGAUGUCCUUUUCAGCAGAAACAGGAGCCGCUGCUCUGUCCAGUUCAAGCCACUUCAGCUCUGCCUAGUUUUUGUCCAGGUUUCUUUCUUAGAAUAAAUAGUGAGGGUUAGGCAGCAAGCGUUUGCAAAGCAGCUUUCUCUUCCUUGUUCCUCCUAGUCUCAGAGCAGGGUAGAGGGAAGGCUCAGGGUAUGGAGCCAGCUCUCUAAUGCUUAAUGUUGUGUCCUGUGGAGGGAUCCCAAUGUUUGGUACCUGCUGUAGGAGUGAGGCCGUUCCCACCCUUAGCAGGGAUUUUCCCUCCACAUACACACAGUGGCAUGGGCAAGAGUUUGGCACAACCGCCAGUUCGCCUGUUCCUGUCCAGCUGGGGGACAGUGGUAUGCAGAAAACACCAGUUUCUUAAUGGUGGUGUUAACCCUUUGCUCUUGGGGAUUAGAGUAACCUGACGAAACGUGCUAUAUUUACACCUUUUGCUUGGCAAAGCGAUACCCAUCUGCCUCGUGUCUUGCUAGAUUGGGGCAGACAAUCAGGCAUGUUUUAUAAUGCCAUUAUUCUGUUGCCUGGAGUAUGAUGUUUAGACAUCUGUAUUCACACAAGCAGGUCAGAAGUCCUGAUGCAAACACUACCAGUUAUAAUCGGGGCUAGGAAAGGUCACCCACAGGUGAUAAAGAUAGCUAAAAACUCCUUCCACCCCUGACUCCCCAACCCCGGGCCAAUGCUUGAUAUCUCUACUACAAAUCCUCUUAUGGUGAGUGAGAAUUUCCGCUGCUUCUGCACUCCAGGCAGGAUUCACCAGAUGUUAAUAAUGUGCUUAUUUUCUCUAAGUGCUAUUUUGGCAUCGGUGUUAAUUACAAUUUAUAUUCUGCAACAUUUACACUGGGAAAAGAACCCACCCUAAUAGUCCCCAAUUGGCAGAGCCGGGCUAUUAAACAUAGCACCAUAUGUUCUGAGCAGAGCAAUAUAUGGGACUCAGAGCCCACUCAGCCCUGAGUCUCCGGCGUGCAGCAUUAGAGGAGGAGAAGAGAACGGAGAGAGGGGUGUUUUGUUCCUAGCUUUUAUUUAAUAUGAAAUUCCCCCUCCUUUUCUUUGGCCUCUGUCCCUGUCUCUCCAGAAAUCUCCCUCCUGCUAUCUAUGAGCAUCUAAUGAGGUGAUCUCUGAGCCUGCUGAUGCCACUGUCCGUAGUCUAAAAUAAAUGAAUUCAAUUACAGAAGGUGCCCUUCUCACAGGGUCUGCCUCUGCAGGAUUCCCAGUCCCUGCUGGCGUGUUUCCUGCUGUGCUCCAAAUCAGACCUAUGAUCUUUGGGGACUGCAGAAGAAAUCUUUGCUUUGACCACCAAUGAGUUGUCCGUGCUUCUCUGGGAGAAGGAUAUUCUGGGACAAGUGCCAUUAGUGGGUAAAAUCAGAAGUUGUUUGCUGCUUUGCUAAUGUCCAAAGUCAUACAUUUGGUUCCUGCAGGCUGGGAGGGUCUAGACCUGAAGAGUGACGAUGGUUUUGGUGUGGGGAAUUUGGUGGGGCUGUCAUCAGUGUUUAGAAGGACUGUAGGUUAAAGGAUUGCUUCCUCAGCUGUUUUGUGAAGCUGAUUUCAUGGUCUCUUUAGAAAACAGCAGCGUAGCUACUGCUUGGUUUGGAAAGAGGGCUGUACGGCAGCAGCGUCUCCCUUCAGGAGAGCUUGGACUGCAGUCGCUCGUCUGUCGGGGGGGUGGUUUGGCAGGAGGAGAAGAGAUGGGAGUGAAAGGAGGCAGGGCAGGAGUGUGGUGUGGACCUCGAACUGGAAGUCAGACAUGCACUCUGAGACUUGGCCUCAGUUUCCCCACCUGUGAAUGGGGAGGAGGGCUCACCUGCCUCCCACAGUGGACUUUGCAGGGGUGCAAGAUGCUCUCUCCCAGCCACCCCCCGAGGCAAGGUGGUGCUCCCCUGGGAGGAGAGGGCAGGGCUGGGGCUGCUAAUGCAGGGUGACGGGUAGCAGAGCAGCGGUGCUGCUCGCGUUCAUUCGCAUGACUGCCGCCUCCUGUGCUGAGGCACGUGAGACUCCCAGGGGAGCAGCAGAGGAUCUGUCCCUUCGCUUUGCUGAUCUUCAGAGGCGUGAAAGUCCUGGGGCGAUGUACAGAAACGGAACCGUACAUUGUGUGGUGCUGGGUGCUUUCUCCCAGCAGCCUUUUUUUUUUUUUUUUUUUUUUUUUUAGCAUGGGGUAUCUCCCCGCAGCUGCAGAAAUGUGGGGCUUUUCCGUUUGCAGAGUUAAUCGAUGCAGAAGGGUAUAUUUGUCAACUUAAGGGAGAUGCAGUCCCACCUUGGCCAGUCCCAGCGGAGGGUGUCCAGCCAAAGCUCCUUGCCUGCAGAGAGACCUGUGCGGGGAGCCAUGCUGGGUGUUGCAGAGGCAAAUCUCCUUCCAUUGCAGCUCUCCUGCCUCUUUGAUUAGAUGCGCAGGCAGCCGGGGUACUCUUGCAGGAGAAUCAUUUCCAUAGAAACCAAUUGGGAUGUUGUACGGGGAAUAAUGAUUAAUAGUGAAGGGAUGUUGCCUCGGGCCCUUUUCAUUUUUUAGGGGGCAGCAAGGGACAAACCGGAGCACAGGUAGGGGGACAGGGAGGCUUGAAAACUAAUGGAAACCAUCCCUUCCAUUAAUUUCCAGGGCAGCUUCCCCCCUCUUCUCUUCCUACCCUGCCCCCCCCGCUGCUUCUCAGCUUUCGUCAAAUUUUCAAAAUGGCUAACCUGGUUAGAAAUAAUCAUAAUAAUAAAAAAGGAUGGAUGAGGUCUGACUGCUAACAUUGUUGCUGUUAGCAGCAGGAUUUCAGCCAUAAAACAUGAAGCAAGGGAGGCAUUGACCUUUCCGCUGUUUGAAAUGAAUGGAGACAUCAAUAUCUAUUGUUUUGUGGCAUUGACCUCUGACGCUCUCGUUUCGCCCUCCCCUUUCUUUUUUUUUAAUUUCCCCCUGACACUCGAGGAAAGGGGUCAGUUAGUACCAUCUAUUGAUCCCGAUCUUACUUGGUGAUAGGGAAAUAAUUAGAAUUUUAAAGAUCUCUGCUGUAUGCUGGCGAAAUACGUACACAGACGUGCGCUCUAAGCCCCCGCUUCCUGCGUUGCAUUCUCCCCCCUUUCUUGUGGAGAUUCAAAGCUCUGAGAUCUGAAGGAAGAGAGAUCAAUAUAGGUUUAAUCAUGAUGGGGUUUUUAUUUCAGUUUUUUAAAUGGUAAAGUGUAACGUUUUAUGUUAAUGUUGUCGGAGUCUGGCUGCCUGGUGCCUUGUUUUAUUUAUUGUUUUAAGUAGCCCCUUCUUUUGUGAACUUCAUCUAUGUACAGAGAAUGUGAAAUCAGGCAUUGCUAAUUAGCUGUAUGACAAUUAAGUAAUGUAGCACAAAACCAUUAGGACACUGGAUUUGUUUUUGAAGUUUGUCCUUUGAAGUGGAAGCUGCAACUCCCUGCCCAAGGCUGCUGGGGAAAAUGUUUUUCUAUCAAAACUUUCUUUGAAAAUAAAAUGUCAGUGUAAGAGUCCCUAUUUCUGUCGUCUCUCCCUAUAAACAGCGGGUGGAAAUUGUUUCUCAUUGUAAAAACCGCUGGCAUUGAUAGAAAGGGGAAUUCAGAAGAGCAUUAAAAUGGGCAGUUGGUCUCCAAACACCCUCGGUUCUGGUAGAGACGUUACCAAAACUGCUUGUUUAGCCUCUUGAAAGAGAACGGUGCUGCUUUAGGAGAGAAGACCCAGGUCACAACCACCGCCCUGGAGAUGGCAAAGGGAGGUGGCCCUCAAAACUGUGGGUUCGCCUCUGAUGCCUCAAGUGCCAUCAGGAUGCGGCGCAGCCUGGUCGCGAAUACCAACAAGCUCCUCGGUUUGGGCUCCUCCAUCUGUGCACUUGUUUGACACUUGUGUUUGCAUCUGGCCCUUUGUUCUAGUAGUGAGUCGAAUUCUGAAUGUGCAACUUUCAUGUACGCUGGUGGCAUGUAAAACUUCAAAUAAAGAGUGAAACUGAUUUUGA